AUGGAGGACGAAGCUAUGCAGACGGCACCAGAGCCUCCGAACAAGAGCCCUAACUCGGAGCUCUCUCCUCAUCCUGCCAAAAUCAGGGAAGAAGGCGAGCUGUCUUCCGACGAUGACGACGAAAAUACCAUUUGCUCCGUUCCACAUUCCACUGCUAGCAGUGUACCUACUUCAGGGGUCAUGCUGGUUCCACCAUUGAACAAGUUCACCCAAGGUACUCAAGAGGGUAAGGCUCUAUGUGGAAAUGUUCUUGCAAGCUCUGCUGAUAUUCGGUCCCAAACAUCCGUACAACCUACUUCCCAGAAAAUCAAUGAUAAAAACCGAAUACCAUUAAAAUCUGCCACACCGGGAUGGCGUGCCCCUCUGGGUGCCAACGAUGAUCUUGUGAUACGCUUCUCAGAUGAUGACAGUGAUUCUGGAGAAAAAGAGCACAGGAUAGAGAAAGCCAGGGAAAUGAAAAGUCAUGUGACUGGAGUGGUAGCCAAUGGAAAACCACCUACUUCAUCAUUUGCCAGAUCAAACAUUUUACGACAGACAGCCAGGAAUGUGGACAAAGUAAUGCCCAAAAAAAUGUCUAUGAAUCGUACUUUUAUCUCGUCGAUGACCAAAAUCCGCGGAGUUAAUUCUAGGGAUUCUGGGCCUUCAUCAGUUAAUCAAGGAUCUCGAGUUAGAAAUUUUAAUACCAUGAACAAAAAUGUAGUGAGCCGAGAGCGUGGAUAUGAUCAAGGUGUGGGCUUGAACAAUAGUAAACUGCAGGACUUGCGGCAGCAGAUUGCACUCCGGGAAAGCGAACUAAAGCUUAAGUCUGCCCAGAGAACUAAGGAAUCAAUUACACAUGAAGCUAGUAAAUCCAGUGCGAGAUAUUCUGAUGUAAUAGAGGGAGAACUGAAAGAGCCAGAUAAGAAACGUAUGAAAGUUGGUGGCUCUUUUUCCACCCAGCUAAGUGCACUUGGCCCACAAGAUAUACCUGUCGCAAAAUCUACUUUAUCAUCUAAACUCCCAGCAGUGGAAAACAAUAAUCCACCGGAGAUAGUUAAGAUCGAUCAUGGCCAGAAAGGAAUUCCAAUAGGUCCAACAGAGUCAAGCAUUGAAAAAUCGAAAAGUCAAAAUGAUAAACAUGCUGCUGGUAUUUUGGAAAAAAUUCCUAGUGGAAUGAAAUAUGGUGCUGGCAUCGAUACUAAAUGCAUCCAGUCCAGUGGGAGGAGUAAGAUGGUUGAUCUUUAUGAUACACUAAACCAGGGGACAUCACAAGAAAUUAUGACUUGCAAUAAUUUACCAAAGAAUUUAAACACCGUGGAGUUGAAUCAUACAAAUGGGGAUGGUGGCCAUCUAGAACCAGGUUCCUUCUUGAAAAAAUCAACAUCAGGAAAGAAUCGACUGAGGAGUGCUGACCAUCAGGAAGUCAUAGCCAGUGACAAGAAACUUGAUCCCUCCUACAAUAUAUGUCAGGCAUCUCUAAACAAUGCAAGCCUGUGGAAUUGUUUUGGUAAUGCAAAUGUCACAACAAAUGGUGACAUACAUUCCUUGGUUGAAAUGGAGGAAAACCUGGACAAGGAUCUGGAGGAAGCACAAGAGAAUAGGAGAAGGUGUGAAAUUGAAGAAAAAAAUGCUCUAAAAGCUUAUCGUAAAGCACAGAGGGAUCUGCUUCAGGCCAAUGUUAGGUGUACUGAUCUAUAUCGUCAAAGAGAACUCUAUUCUGCCAACUUGCGGUCUUUUAUUAUGGACAAUUCCAGUUUGAUAUGGUCCUCAAGGCAGAAUGAACAAGCUGGAAUUGGGUUGGAUCUCACUAAUAACGUGUCUGAAAAUAUGGAUCUAAUACCUACCUCAGGCCAUCAGAUGCAUCCUGAGGAUGAUGGUUGUAACCCAGCGGCUUGUGAUUCAAACAUCCAAUGUGUUAACAAUGCUCAUAUCCACACAUCGUACAAGCAUUUAAGCGAACAAAACAUGGGGACAGAACCAUGCAGUGAACCAGAUUCUAGCACAUCAGAGCCAGUGCCUCUUCUGGGAAAUAAUGGUGCAGAUGGAAUUUGCUCUCCAUCCAAUGAACUAAAUAAUUCUGCAGAUGAAGAUGAAGAUGAAGCGAGAUUUUCAUUUGAAAAUGAAUCAGUCCAACCUAACGUUCUAUGUCAUAAAAACACAGAUUUUGGAAACAAGCAAAGGGAAAUAGAUAAGGAAUCAAAUAGAAAAAUGUCUAUUGAUAGUCCCCAGGAUCCUGUGCUUCUUGAAAGAAUGUUGAGGUCUAAACUAUUUGCAACCCUAGGGACAAAAACCUUGUCAAAGAAUAGUAGUUCAUGUAAUAACACGGAGGUUGCAGUGGAACGUGGGACUAAAAAUGAUGUCAGAAGUGAAAACCCCCAAGAAAUUAAAGGGAGCUUUCCCUUCUCUGAAGGGGAAAGGAAUCAUGAAGGCACUGAUGGGCAAGAAAAAAGUUCCUCUGAGGCUCCUCUUGAGAUCCAAAGAGAGCACUCCGUCGAAAAUAUUUCUGUGAACUCCCACUCCAAUUCAUAUUCUGAGGAUAGGCUUUACUUGAGUGGUAAUAUCUUGAGGAGUACUUUUGGGUAUAUGAAAGUCAUUUGCCCAAAAGAUUUGAUAGAACAUCAAGCUAAAAGUCAACAGAGUCCAACUUGUAUCAAUUCUGAAAAAGUCCAGUUUAGCAAUGUUAUGGUUGAACCACUGAAAGAGACUAUGGUGAAAUUAGCUAGAAGAGAAGUUGGCACUUAUAGCACUGGUCCUGCUAUUGAUCCCUUUUGGCCACUCUGUAUGUAUGAGCUUCGAGGAAAAUGCAACAAUGACGAGUGUCCUUGGCAACAUGUUAAAGACUACUCUAACACAAAUAUGCAUCAACAUCAGCAUGACAAUUCUGGUAGUGCUGGGAUUAUGAAAGCUGAGCUGCAUUCAUAUGAACCUGUUCUAGCACGGAGAAAUGGUCAAUGGUGGAAGAAGUGUUUCAGCCGUUUCUUAGUGCUGUCAAAUUUGUUUCGGAAAGAUGUUCCUGAAGAUGUCCCAUUCUUGCAUGGAAAUGACAGUCACAUGGAGUUCCCUGUGAGUUGGAACAGACAGUCAUCGUAUUUUCAGAGUAGUAACAGCGGAGUGAGUCAACUCACACAAGCUUUGGCUGACAAUGAUCAAUACCUGGAAAUGGCUCUUUUAAUUUUCAGCCAGGAGGCUAAUGAACUUGAGGGUCUGAGAAAGGCUCUCCCUGUGCUGUCACGAGCUCUUGAGGCUGAUCCAACAUCCAUUAUUCUCUGGAUUUUUUAUCUGCUUAUUUACUAUAGCAAUAUGAAGUCAGUAGGGAAGGAUGACAUGUUCUCUUGUGCGGUCAAAUACAAUGAUCGAUCUUAUGAACUUUGGCUCAUGUGCAUCAACAGUCGGAUGCAGCUUGAUGACCGAUUGGUGACGUAUGAUGUCGCUCUCUCAGCACUGUGCCGUCAUGCUACUGCUUCCGACAUAGAUGGAACGUAUGCUAGUGCAUGCACCUUAGACCUAUGUUUGCAAAUGAUGGACUGUUUAUGCAUGUCUGGUAACAUUGAGAAGGCCAUUCAGAAAACUUUUGGACUCUUCCCCACUGCCACAAAUUUUGAUGAGCCUAACUCUCUGUCGCUCUCUGAUAUACUCACAUGCCUAACUAUUUAUGACAAAUGUAUAUUAGGGGUUUGUUGUGUUUACUUGGUUAUUUACAGGAAACUUCCUGAUGCUGUAGUGCGACAGUUUGAAUGUCACAAAGAACUCUUUGAAAUUGAAUGGCCUUCCAUUCAAUUAAUGGAUGAUGAGAAGCAAAGGGCUACCAUGCUGAUGGAAACAGUAGUAGAUUCUGUAGAUUCAUACAUGAAAAUUGAAUCACUUGAAAAUAGUGAGUUUAAUAUCAGAGUGGCAUAUUUUUUUGCUCUCAACCACUUAAGGUGCAUGGCAGCUCUUGGCAGCUUAGAAAGAUGUGGCCACCUCUUGGAUAAAUAUCUUACUUUAUACCCAUCCUGCGUAGAACUUGUUUUAAUAUCAGCUCGGACACAUAAACACGAUCUUGUGGAUUCACAUUUUGAGAGAUUUGAAGAAGCCCUUAGUAACUGGCCAAAAGAAGUCCCUGGAGUCCAGUGUAUUUGGAAUCAAUAUGUUGAGUAUGCCCUUCAGAAUGGAAGAUAUGAUUUUGGUAAAGAAGUUAUGAACCGCUGGUUUCGUUCUGUUUGGAAGGUUCACUAUCUUCAAAUUGGUACGUUGGAUGAAAUGAAUUGUGAUAACUCAGAUAGAUCGCAAGGAUUGGCUUCAAAUUCAAUUCAGCAGACACUCAGUUCCAAUCCGAAACAGAUGGACAUAAUGUUUGGAUAUCUUAAUCUCUCUCUGCAUAACCUCUUACAGAAUGACCACAGUGAAGCUCGCUCAGCCCUUGACAGAGCAUUGAAUGCUGCUGUUCCUGAAUAUUUUAAGCAUUGCGUAAGAGAACAUGCGCUGUUUAUGCUUACUGAUGAAUCACUGUUAAAGGAGAAUGGUUCUAUCAGUGGCAUACAGAAGAUUUUGGAGCAAUAUUUAGGUGAUGCUCCGGCUUUCCCUACCUCUGAGCUAUUAUCUAGAAAAUUCGUUAACAACAUCAAGAAGCCAAGAGUCCGGCAGCUGGUUAGUAAUGUAUUCAGUCCAUUAUCAUCUGAUUUUUCAGUGGUAAAUUCAGUUCUUGAAGUGUGGUAUGGACCAUCUCUUUUACCAGAAAAGUUCAGUGAGCAAAAAAAUCUGGUGGAUUUUGUUGAAGCCAUCUUGGACAUAACUCCAUCCAACUAUCAGCUAGCUAUUUCUGUAUGCAAGAUGUUAAGCAGUGGCAGCAAUGCCGGUGAUGUUACAUCUCUCAGUGCUUUGUUUUGGGCUAGCUCGAACUUGGUCAGUGCGAUCUUUCAUGCUGUCCCAAUUCCACCAGAGUACGUAUGGGUUGAAGCUGCAGAGGUUUUGGGAAAUAUUGCCAGUGUUGAGGCUAUUUCUGAGAGGUUUUACAAGAGAGCUUUAUCUGUAUAUCCAUUUUCCGUGAAGUUGUGGAAGUCCUAUUCGAUCCUUUCUAUGAUGACUACAGGAAAUACGAACACUGUUGUGGAAGCAGCAAAAGAAAAGGGCAUAGAACUUGGUUAA